GAGAAGUUAAUCCUUCAAACUAGUAAAAGUGGUCACAUUUAUGUGGGGGAGGGAAGGAAGAUACAGUCUUCUCUUUACAGGAAAAAAUCCAACUCCUUUGUAGGAACCCAAAUGCCAGACUGCAUUGUGCCAUGCUGGGGUUGACAUUUGUGUCACAUGUCAAAUCCUGCURUUUUUCCCUAACAAAUAGAGAACAGCUAGGAAUCAUGAGUAUUAAUGUAUUAGACCAGAUUCUUCUUUAUUCAAGUUUUAUAAUUUGAUUUUUAUGCUAUCUUUACAACAGGAGGCAACCAUCAUAUUUUGCAUUAUAUUUGCCUACAYAUUUUAACUUGAUUUCAGUACAAACAUAUUUUACAAACAAGUAUGUUUGCAAAAGACAUAGUAAACAUAGAAUAGAAUGACUGACGUUUGAAAACAGAAAUGGUCACUAAGCAUUUGUGGCUUAUCCAGGCCAUACAAAAUUUAAACAGAAAAAAUAUGAUAGAAAAGAUUGGUUCUAAAAUACAGACCYGCAGCAAUUAUUGCAGAGAAAUAUAUGUGUGUGAAAAGACCUGAAAUUCCCUUCUCUUGUUACCUAUCUGCUAGUUAUCCUUACUUUUUUGAGUUUGAAGAAUGUAUGAAGUAUUUUUCUUACCUGCCCUUGCAAGUAUUAGUAACAAGUUAGAAAUGGAGCAUUCAGGUCAUCAGUGAUCAGACCACACUGCUGCUGGUGUGAAGUUUAGCCCUGCAAACUUAUGUGAAUAUCARUAUCUUGGCUCCAGUAAUGCAACAAGAAUGAUUUUUAGAGGGAUGCACUGAUUGAGGAGAGUGAGUGUCCUAUUUGGGUGCUCUUCAAGACAAUGUCUAUUAAUUUUCUGACUAAGGGAUGGUUGACUUCAAAACUUCAGACUGAAUUAAAUUUAAAAUGUGGAUCCUGACACUCAGCAGGACUACAUGACCAUUCAAAAGAAAUCAGGAGAAUUUUAAAGCCUUUUCCUAAAGGUAAUGCAUUGCUAGCUCUAAAAUACAUUGUAAUAAAUUAAGCUAUGAAGAAAUGAAUGCAGAUAAAGUGUACUAAUUAUUUUCCAGUAACAAUUCAGUUUUUGUAAAGUGCAAAGAGCUCUUUCAGUUACAAGUACCUAUGUGAAGUAGCUGCCAGGAUGCAGCUAUCAGAAUUUGACUGCCUUAGAUUGCAUGUAACAGCUUAAUUUCUUCCUGGGAUGGGAAUGAAUGCUCAAGUCUGCAGUAAAUAAUUAUGGACAAUACUCAGCCUACCAUUGCAAGGCACUGAGAGAAGMAGUUGUUCACUGAAUAAGAAUGUAGAGACUGCAAAAAUGCCAUUUCYUAUUAUAAGAAAAUUUAACUUUAACUAAUUUAAUAACAUAAUGCAGUGGGUAUUGCAGUAUUUUAAUUUUCACAUCAGUGUCCCCAUAUGGUAACUGAUACAUGAAGUGGUGCAUUGAGCCUGAAAUUCAGUCAGAUCCCUGUGACUGAAUCUGAACAUGUAAAGGAUCAUGGCUGAAACUGCAGUUUGCCUGGGAACAUUCACUGCUGUGAAGACACUCUGGGAAGUGAGAAUACACAAGAUAAAUGAAGAAUUACAGAAAGAAAAGGAAUUCAGGCAGAGGUCUGCAGGAAGGCUACUGCUUGUCUGGGAGGAGAGAGCUGCUUUAGCAAAGCUCAAAGAAAAAGUUAUUAAUGAAGGUGGAAGAGCAAUUUUAAGGAUAGAGGAAGAAGAAUGGAAGACAUUACCUUCAUGCUUAUUGAAAYUAAUCCAUCUCCAGGAAUGGCAGCUUCACAGAACUAGUUUGCAGAAAAUUCCUCAGUUUAUUGGAAGAUUUCAGAGUCUUGUUGUUCUGGAUCUAUCUCGGAACUCAAUUGAAAGUGUGCCUAAAGAAAUUGGCCAACUGACCAACCUCCAAGAGCUGCUUCUCAGUUACAACAGAAUAAAGUCUGUUCCUAAGGAAAUAAGUAACUGCAUCAGUCUGGAAAGACUGGAACUGGCUGUCAACAGGAGUAUCAGCGAUCUUCCUCCUCAGCUCAGUGAUUUAAAGAAGCUUUCGCACAUAGAUUUGUGCAUGAAUCAGUUUACUACCAUCCCUUCAGCUCUUCUCAACAUGCCAAAUCUAGAAUGGUUAGAUAUGGGGGGAAAUAAACUGCAGGAGCUUCCUGAUGCCAUUGACAGAAUGGAAAACCUUCACACUUUAUGGCUCCAAAGGAAUGAAAUAAACUCUUUGCCAGAAACCAUUGGUAAUAUGAAAAAUCUUAGUACUCUUGUUCUUAGCAACAACAAACUUAAGGAUAUUCCAGCUUGUAUGAAGGACAUGACAAAUCUGAGAUUUGUCAACUUCAGAGAUAACCCACURGAGCUAGAGGUAACACUCCCUCCGUGUGAGAACACAGAUGAGGAGGAGCAACAGGAAAUGUUUGGCAUUGACUUCAUGCACAUGUAUAUCCAGGAGUCACUCAAGAAAACAGGAAAUCUGGAAAGUUGCACUUCUGGUCCUCCUCCUGUCACAAAUCCUAAUGAAUAAAGAACGUAACUGUGAAUGGAAGAAAGUAUCAGGUU